AUGCAUAUUUACAUUAAUGAUUUUAAAAAUUAUGUUUAAAAUGUAUAUGUACAUCAUUAUAAGAUUAUGAUUGGAGUUAUAGGUGCUAUUGCUUAAUACAUUUUGUGUUGUUCAAUUAUUGAAUAUUAUAAUUCAAUGCCUAAGACAAAAUUAAGAAUUUAGAAUAAUUUGAGAGAAAUUUGCUAUAGAAUUCCUUAAUUGAUGUUUGGAAGCUUAAUAACAAUAGUAUUUUAUUUAAAAUUACUAAGACAUUUUAUUAUUAUAUUUAUCCCUAUACUCCAUAUUAUAAGUAUUUUGAAAUCAAUGAAUUUAGAUUACUUGAUUUAUUUUCAAUAAUAUUUCAAUGGAUUUGGAUUAUAUUUAUGUCUUAAAAUUUUAUAUUUAGUUAAUGGUUUUUUCGAUUCAUAGGAUGCUAUAUUUAAAAUAUUUUUAUUAAUAU